AUGAGGACGUCCGUGGUUAUGUGCAAGCAAGUGCAGCCCUUGCUUAACAUCCCACCCACCACCAAGGACAAGGUGGUGGUGGUGGUGGGCGCCACCGGCACUGGCAAGUCCCGCCUAGCCGUCGACCUCGCUGCCCGCUUCUCCGGGGAGGUCAUCAAUUCCGAUAAGAUCCAGGCACAUCGGGGCCUCGCCAUCGCGACGAACAAAGUCGCCGAAGAAGAGCGGCGUGGGAUCCCUCACCACCUCCUUGGCUUUGUGGACCCACACGAGGACUUCACCGCCAGCGAGUUCCGCCACGCCGCCACCCUUGCUGUACGUUCGAUCACGUCCCGCCGGCACCUGCCUAUUGUCGCCGGAGGCUCCAAUUCUUACAUCGAGGACCUAAUCGAUGGCGGGAACCGCGAAUUUAAAUCCAAUUUUGACUGUUGCUUCAUCUGGGUUGACGUGUCGCCGCCGGUUCUUCACUCAUUCAUCUCCGAUCGGGUCGAUCGAAUGGUGGAGAACGGUUUGGUGGAGGAAAUCGGGGAAAUAUUCGACCUGAAUUCGGAUUAUUCACGAGGAAUUAAACGAGCUAUUGGGGUUCCAGAGCUCGAUUUCUACUUCAGAAGUGAGAAUUUUCUGGACGAAGAAGCUCGUAAGAAGGUUCUUAGAAAAGCCAUUGAUGAGAUAAAAAGUAAUACGUGUAAAUUAGCAGAGAGGCAGGUGGCGAAAAUACAGAGGCUUCGGAAGGUGAAUGGGUGGAGGCUGCACCGGCUCGAUGCCACGGAGGUCUUUCGGAGGCGCAAUGGCGGAGAUGCCGACGCGGCGUGGGAGGAGCUAGUUGCAGCACCGGGGAAGAUGAUUGUGAGACGGUUCAUAAGUGGGUUUGGGCGGGAGGUGCGCCGGAAUAUUACGCCGGCGAGAGCAGCGGUGGCGGUGGCUGGGAGUCACUAG